UCCAAAAUCUAACCUUGGACACGCACAAAAGUGACAGCUCGAUCCCAUGUCUGAAUUUGGGAUCUCUGAACAUCGAUAAUUAAUUCUCCAUUAACAAUCAUGCGAGGAAGGAAGGAGAUAGUCAUCCGCCUUCAAAUCUUCAGAUCUUCCAGAUUUAAGAUCCUAACCUGAAACCCUAGCGUCUUUUCCACCAUCUCAAGAGCGAUUGAUAGGAGGAGAGAUUGACUGAUAGUUAUAUACUAGAGAAAGAAAUAUGCAGCACGUUGCUGCAACAGUUGAAGAUCAGCUGAUACAGAAAGCAGUUAAGGAUGAAUGUCCUUGGGAGAAUCUGCCAAAGCGGCUUCAAGCUACUUUAGGUUCAAAGGAAGAAUGGCAUAGAAGGGUAGUUGAAUACUGCUUGAAGAAAAGACUCCCAUGGAGUACUUCUUUUGUUCGCAAAGUAAUCAAAGAAAGUGAAUACUAUGAAGACAUGAUGCGUUAUUUGCGAAAGAAUCUGGCGCUAUUUCCGUAUCACUUAGCAGAUUAUGUUUGCCGUGUCAUGAGAAUUUCCUCAUUCAAAUACUACUGUGAUAUGAUAUUUGAAGUGAUGAAAAAUGAACAACCAUAUGACAGUAUCCCUAAUUUUAGUGCUGCAGAUGCCCUGCUACUUACAGGAAUAGGAAGAAAUGAAUUUAUUGAUAUCAUGAAUAAGUGCAGAUCUAAGAAAAUAAUGUGGAAGAUAAACAAGUCAAUAGCAAAAGAGUUGUUGCCCACACAGCCUGUGGACUUUGCUAUCGACCCAUGGUGGGGAAUUUGUCUUGUUAAUUUUACUUUGGAAGAAUUUAAGAAACUCUCUGAAGAAGAAAUGGCAACAAUUGAUAAAAUUUGUAAGGAAGAAGUAAAUGCCUACAUACUUUUUGAUUCUGAGAUUAUAAAGGGCCUCUACCGACGAGGAUUAGUUUAUUUUGAUGUCCCCGUGUAUCCAGAUGACCGCUUCAAAGUUUCCAGGCUUGAAGGAUUUGUUUCCAACAGGGAGCAGUUGUAUGAAGAUCCAACUGAGGAAUUGCUUUAUGCAGUAUUUGUUGUUUCAAAUGAAAAUUCAACUGUCGCUGAAUUGGCUGCCACAUUACAAGCAGACCUUUCUCAACUACAGGCUGCUGCAUCAUUUGCUUGUAGGCUGGGUUGGGCAGUAAAAGUAAUUGACCCGGCAUCAAUUCUUCAAGAUUCAUCUGCAUCUGGCAGUCAUAUUAAUCUCAUUGAUGAUGAAGAUGGUUCUCAUGCCUCAGCAAACAUGUCAACCAAUGGUACUAAUUUUUCAAGAGAUGUUCCGGUUAUGGAAAACUUUGCUGCAAGUCCUGGCUAUGCUCGUGUUGCUUUUGUAGUUGAUGCUAAUAUCACAUCAUAUCUAAUGAUGGGAUCUGUUUCACCAGGAUUGAAAUCUCAUGCUGUAACAUUAUAUGAAGCUGGAAAACUCGGCCAUGCUAGCAUUGCUGAUCUUUGCAAGGAUCUAAGCACACUAGAGGGUGCGAGGUUUGAGGGAGAACUGCAGGAAUUUGCAAAUCAUGCAUUUAGUUUGCGAUGUGUUCUCGAAUGUUUAACGUCUGGAGGUAUCGCUAUUGAGGAGGAUAUUUCUGAUCAUGUCAGUCUGGCCUCUUUAAGAAAUUCAAGCAACAAGAGGCGUGCCUUGGCAAACUCGUCCGAAAAUCUCAAUGACGAUUACAUUCCUGUUGAAGGUAUCGAUGAAGAGACAUCUAGUUCCCUUCCAUCAGAUGUUGAUGACGAUAAAGCGUUGUUAGAUGAAGAGAGAGUACCAUCACCUUCGUUAGUAAAAAAGAAAUACCACGUGGAUAUUCUCAGAUGCGAAAGUCUAGCUUCUCUUGCACCAGCGACUCUCGAUCGUGUAUUUCAUCGUGAUUAUGAUGUAGUUGUAUCAAUGGUUCCUCUUCCACCAUCUUCGGUUUUACCUGGACCGAAAGGUCCAAUUCAUUUCGGUCCUCCUUGUUAUUCAGCAAUGACUCCAUGGAUGAAACUAGUCCUAUAUUCAUCCGUCGGUAAUGGACCUUUAACUGUUGUACUAAUGAAGGGCCAAUGCUUACGUAUGCUUCCUGUUCCUUUAUCCAGUUGUGAAAAAGCUCUUAUAUGGUCAUGGGAUGGAUCUUCAGUUGGAGGAUUAGGAGGAAAGUUUGAAGGUAAUUUAGUGAAAGGAAGCAUCCUUCUACAUUGCUUAAAUUCACUUCUUAAAUAUUCUGCAGUACUAGUGCAGCCACUUAGCAAAAAAGACCUUGAUGAGAACGGAAAGACAGUUACCAUGGACGUUCCAUUUCCUUUGAAGAACUCUGAUGAAUCCACUGCUGAUAUAGGAAAGGAAUUAGGUUUAGGUGCUAAGGAAAGCUCGAAAUUGAAUUCUAUGCUGAGUGAUCUCGCGAAUAAGAUAGAGCUAUGGAGUAUAGGCCAUAUUCGGCUUUUGAAACUUUUCAAGGAGAAUGAAUCUGGAAGGUUUUCAUCAACAGAUGAUCAGUAUGAAUGGGUUCCGUUAAGCAUUGAAUUUGGGAUUCCUUUAUUUAGUCCGAUAUUGUGUAAAAGUAUAUGUAAAAGAGUUGUUGGGUCUCAGUUGCUUCAAACUGAUUUGUCGUCUAGGCAUCGAAAUGCUAUGCAAGAUCUGAGGAAGAAGUUGAGGGAAAUUUGUGCUGCUUAUCAAGCAUUGGGUCCGUCUGCUAGACUUCUUUAUCAGAAAGAGCAACCGAAAACUCCACGUAAGCAACUUAUGAAUUAUGCGAGUGGGAGGUGGAAUCCGCUGAGUGAUCCUUCGUCUCCUAUUGCUGGGGCCUCGAGUGAGCAUCAGAGGGUAAAACUUGCUAACCGACAUCGUUUUCGUACUGAAGUCCUGAGUUUUGAUGGGAAUAUUCUCAGAUCAUAUGCUUUAAAUCCUGUCUAUGAAGCUGCUUCCAGGCCCAUUGAAGACGACUCUUCUGUAAACCCUAUCAGUUCUGAACCAGAUGAUGAAACAGAAAACAAAGAAGUAGUUUUACCAGGCGUUGAUCUAAUCUUUGAUGGCUAUGAACUUCACCCAUUCGAUAUCGGUGCUUGCUUGCAGGCUCGCCAGCCCAUCUCUCUAAUAGCCGAUGCAUCCUCUGCUUCUGCAUCUUUGGAAAACUAAUAGGGUUUUUGUUGCAAAUGCCAGAAAGAAAAGAAAAAAAAAGGAUUUGGUUACUCUCGUCUUCUGCAAAUCGAGGCCCGUGAUGAGGUAACAAACAAGCCAGUUAGUCUUAUCGUUUAAGAUUGAUAUUUUCAUCUUCAUGUUUUGGUGGUUUAUUUAUGUGCAGGUGGUGCUCAUAGUCACAGGAUAUAAUUCAUUCAAUAGGUUUAUGUUUGAAGAAAAAUGAAAAAAAUUAAUUUUUUUUAAUUCUGAACAAAAAUCCCUAUUGGGAAAAUGUCAGGAAUGUUAAGAGCAAAGUGGGAAUUUAGAUGUUACCGUUAUGCCAAAUUUACACAUACUGUGUACAGUACAUCCUAUAAUUUUUGUCAUAUAAGUGUUUGAGGUUUUUGUUUAUCAAUUGAUUUAUGUGGACCUGUUUAAUCAAAAUUUAUUUCAUCAUGAUUUGUUUUCAGUCAUCCAA